AUGGCGUCGCAAUAUUUUACUGCAGCUGAAUGCAUGCUUGCUGGAUUAAAUAUGGAAGAUAAGGAAUUUAUCAACAGCAAUUUCUAUGUCAAAAAAGUUCGAAAGAGAGGGAGAUCCGUGUUUGCGAAAAGAGCAUUCAAAAAAGGAGAUUAUGUGAUGGAAUACAAAGGUAUUUGUAAAAUGUAUACCGAAAAAGAAUUCCUUUCCACACAGAUGAUGUACGAGAGUAAUGAGGAAUUGUCAUAUUGUUUGGAAUUUACUUUUCAAAACCAAAAAUACUAUAUUGACGCUACACGCGAAUACGAUUACGGUAUUGCACGCCUAAUAAAUCAUGCCAGGAAUCCUAACAUCAAACUUUUUAGACCAGUCUUAGUAGAAACUGACAAACUACCACGAAUAGCAAUGUAUGCUGCUACAAAUAUUUCUGCAGGUGAGGAACUCUUUUGGGAUUAUUUCUCAUCGUUAAAUCCAGUCAAAUGUUUGCUCGAUCAAACAAAUUCAACAGUUACGUCAGAAAUGCAAUGGAUUUUUUCAAAAAGAACAAAAUCAGGUGGAAUAAUAUGUCCGUCCAAAAAAAGGAUACCUCACAGAAGUGGAUUGUGUACGAUAUGCUACGAAUUUAAGAAGAAGCUGUCAAAUCAUUUAAUCAACGUUCAUUCUGUUAAAUCUGUUAUAACACGAAGGAAAAUGAUCAAGGAUGGAAGAAAACAUUCAAAAUUAGCUAGUACGUUUUGCAAAACCCCCAAAAAGAAAUCAUUGUGGUGCCCAUUUUGUCAUCGUGACUACAAACAACUGUCUACACAUCUAUCGAGAAUUCAUAGUGCAAGUGCCGAUAUGAAAAAGGCAAUUAUCAGAAAAAAUAGGGAAAAGGAAAUUAAGAAAAGGAAGACAGAUUUCUUGCAGAAAACAGAAAAAUAA